AUGGCGAUUUGUAUUACAUUUGGGACACAUGAGUUCACCUCCAUGCUCGAGGGCUACGAAAAUGUCCGCGCCUACUGCUACAACUGCCAACACUGGAACGGACAUUGUUUGACUCGAUGGCCUUUUUUCACCGUCUGCUUUGUGCCUUUGAUUCCACUCUCGACACAUAAAUAUAAGGAGGUAACAUGCUAUACGUGCCGCUUCACUCAAGAUCUACGGGACCGUCCUGAUAUCACGCCGGAAACACGACCACCUCCGAACAUGCAGUGGGGUCCCCAACCUCCUCCGGGGGCUUGGCAGCAGCAACAGCAACCGCAGGUGCAACCACCUCCACAGGCGCAUGGAGCCCAGCAACCGCAAGUUGACUAUAAGUGA